UACAUUCCCCCACAUCACUGAAACUGCUUCUGAGUCUCCCUCCUCUCAUUUCUUCUUUCUUUCUUUCUUUCUUUCUUCUGGUUUUUGGCCUGAAGACGCUUCCGUCUCUCUCGCUGGAUUUUCUUCCUCCUCUUCGGUGUGUUUGGGACUGAAUCAUGGAGCUGUCGGAUAUCUCUUUCCCCAUCCCUGCCGCCGAUGACUUCUAUGACGACCCCUGCUUCAACACCAGCGACAUGCACUUCUUUGAGGACCUGGACCCGCGGUUGGUCCAUGUGGGCCUUCUGAAGCCGGACGACUCCUCCUCUUCAUCCUCACCCUCCCCUUCCUCCUCCUCUUCAUCCUCUCCGUCAUCCCUGCUACACCUCCAUCACCACGCCGAGGUGGAGGACGACGAGCACGUCCGCGCCCCCAGCGGGCACCACCAGGCGGGCCGCUGCCUGCUCUGGGCCUGCAAGGCCUGCAAGAGGAAGACCACCAACGCGGACCGGCGGAAGGCGGCCACGCUGCGGGAGCGCCGGCGGCUCAGCAAAGUCAACGACGCCUUCGAGACCCUGAAGCGCUGCACGACAGCCAACCCCAACCAGCGGCUGCCCAAGGUGGAGAUCCUGCGCAACGCCAUCAGCUACAUCGAGUCCCUGCAGGCGCUGCUGCGCGGUGGGCAGGACGACAGCUUCUACCCGGUGCUGGAGCACUACAGCGGGGACUCAGACGCCUCCAGCCCCCGCUCCAACUGCUCCGACGGCAUGACGGAUUUUAACGGCCCGACCUGUCAGUCAAACAGAAGAGGAAGUUAUGAAAGCAGCUCUUAUUUCUCCGAGACUCCAAACGCAGGCGGUCUGAAGAGUGAGCGGAGCUCGGUGGUCUCCAGUCUGGACUGUCUGUCCAGCAUCGUGGAGCGAAUCUCCACUGACAACAGCAGCCUGCUGCCGCCCGCCGAUGGUCCUGGGUCCCCGCCGGCAGACCCGGCCAGCGAGGCUGCUGCCCCGGGGCCCAUCCAGAUCCCCUCCCCGACUGCCAGCCAGGACCCCAACCUGAUCUACCAAGUCCUAUAGAGCCUCACACCUGGGACUUUACCAUCCUGUCACACAACACAGAUCCACACACUUAAGCUGAGAAAGUAUGGAAGCUCAUUCCUGCCGGAAACAAACCAACAGAACAGAAUGUGAAACAUCAUUCAAGCUGCAGUUUGACAAUAAUGUAAAAAACCUGAAGGCCAAUUUACAAAUCUUACUUCCUGUUACUGACCUCUCAACCACGUUACUCAGUUUUCAUCACUGGAUGGAUUUAAUGUUUUAUAUCAAAUGUUCUAGAUUUUUAUAGGUACUGAGCAAAAUCCAUGCACUGAUGAAGAUCAUGUGAUACAGCUGAAAGCUCUGGAAACCACGAGUUAAGAUUUUUUUUUUUUUUAAUAAGAACAAUAUUAUAUCACAAUUUAAAUCUUAAUUCAGUCUUAAUUCAGUAGCUGCAAAUGUAAUGUAAAAAAUUCUAUGUGCAUCAGAAACAAAUUAGAAACAAAUCUUAAUAAUAAUUAGCAGAAAGAAAGUCAGAAUUACAUGAUGCUAAAUAUGUAAUUUUAAUUUUUCAGAAUUAAUUUUGUUGAUCUCACACUUUGAUGAAAAAGGGAAACAAAUAUAAAAAUAUAACUGAAAGUCAGCUAAAGCCCAGUAAAAGUUUAAUUUAUUUUCUGGCAGGAAUGACCUUCCAUAUUUUACCCCCUGAUUCCCUUUCCUGCUGUUAAAAUAAGUGGCGUAAAUUUCAGAUCUAGAUGAAACCACUUGAAUGCUGGGAAAAGUGGUUUUAAGAGGUUUACUGAUGAAUAGUAAUCAGUUCAUUUCUUGCUGUAUUUUUAUUUCGUUUAAGUUAUGGAAAAAUAUUUUAAGGCUCAGCCGAGUCAUUCAGAUGGAUUUUUCUUCCUUUUGGUGUAUUAUUCUAUUUGAUGAAGGACGGAGGCCAACAAAACUCAUCCAUUUACAUUCCUCCACUUUUGUCCAUCUGAAGUCCUAAAAGCCCCAGCUGUUCAGUUCCCUCAGGACAAACGAACUGCAAUAAUCCUGUGAUAUUUUAGAAAGAUGCCAAUAAAUAAGUAAUAAAUAACACAACUCAACCACACACACACACAAAUACAACCGUGGGAGUAUUAUAGUGACUUUGUUUCAGACCUCCUUCCUGUCCAAGUCAAAGCCGCCUUCAUUCACUGCAGCGGAGGACCAUUUUUAUGUUUCUGUACAUAUUCUGUAAAUAAGAGCCAAUUUGUUCCAACUGAAAGUAUUAAUUAUGUAUUUAAUGUUUCUGUCUGUGCUUUUGUUUGUUGUGAAAAUGUUAAACUUAAACUUUAUAUUUAUACAUCUGAAAACUGAGUGACAGUCUAAUGACAAAUAAAUGA